ACAAACACCAAUACCAUACCAUACCAACCAACCACACCACGACCCAAUGCCACCACCCAAACGCCACGACCCCAGCACCAUCGGCGCGCAAUCGCCCUUCGACCCAGACGCGUUCCUGGCAACGUGGAGCGCAGCCAGCUCGCUCCCGCUGCAAAACAACGACCUCCGCACCGCCAUCAUCCGCGCCUUCGACCUCCCGCCUACCGACGACUACGUCUACCACGCUGUCGCGAGCGUCACGCUCGCGCAGGUGCAGCAUGCGCUUGGCUUUGGGGGAAAGCAUGGGCUGCAUGGCUGGUAUGUCGCCCCGCUGUUGCUGCCGCCGCCGCCGCCCGCAGAUGUAGAGGCUUAUACGGCUGUUUUUGCGGCUGGGAACGCGACGCUGUCGGCUUUGAGGGCGUUGGGUGCGAAUGCGAAAAAGGGCUCGUUGAGGAAGGAGGUUGCGGCACAUUUGACGGAGCGGCUCUUUCUUGCUGCGCCGGAGGCAACCCUCACGCUCCCCAACAAGAAAAAAAACCCCUUCCCAAACCCCUACCACGACAUCUGGGCGUGGUCGUGCCGGGCGCUCGAAUGGGCCGGCCCGGUGCCCAGCACCGCACACACCAAGAUCUCGCACCACGUGCUGCCGGUGCUGUACCACCACUUCGGGUGCAUCGUGCCGUCCUGGGACGCGAUUUCGCUGCUGCAGCAACUCGCCGCGCACGCGCCACCCCGGCCCAAGCCCAAAGCCUGGCAGCGCGAGAUCCUGGACCUCGGCUCCGGGAACGGGUACUGGAGCUUCUUGCUGCGCAGGGCCGGGCUGCGCGUCACGCCCGUCGACAGCGGCGUUAGCGAGUGGCGCACCAUGUGGGUCGGGGACACGGUGCGCGCGGAUGGGGUGGGUUUCUUGAAGGAGCGGGAAGGUGCGAGGGAGGCGGUGCUGUUGUUGGUGUAUCCGCAGGUUGGGGCUCGCUUUACCGAGAGCGUGCUCCGUGCUUAUAAGGGGGAUUAUGUCGUUGUUGCUGGUACCCAGAAUGCCAAUGGCUACACGGGGUUUAGCGAGGAGACGGUGGCGAGUUGGAUGCGCAGGGAGAUGCCGGACUUUGUGCCGUGUGCGCAGGUGCCGUUGCCGAGCUUUGCGGGCAAGGACGAGGCGCUUUUUGUGUUUGUUAGGAGGGGGGAGGAGUAG